AGAUCUCGCGUGAGUGACUGUGGGUUCCCCGGCUGAAAGUACCAAGCGCGGGUUUCCGAGGCGGUCGUUUCUGCUGUUGGCGUCUCCCUACAGGAAAUACGUUUCAGAUUUCUUUGGAUUUCAUUGAUUUUUGUUCUGUGUGAAUCAGCAAAAGACCCAGAGAGUCUUGGAGUUUUUUAUAUUGAAGACAAUGUCUGGAAGCUUCUACUUUGUAAUUGUUGGCCACCAUGAUAAUCCAGUUUUUGAAAUGGAAUUUUUGCCACCUGGGAAAGCAGAAUCCAAAGAUGAUCACCGUCAUCUGAACCAGUUUAUAGCCCAUGCUGCUCUUGACCUUGUGGAUGAAAACAUGUGGCUUUCUAAUAACAUGUACUUAAAAACUGUGGACAAAUUCAAUGAGUGGUUUGUAUCGGCAUUUGUCACUGCAGGACAUAUGAGAUUUAUUAUGCUUCAUGAUGUGAGGCAAGAAGAUGGAAUAAAGAACUUCUUUACUGAUGUCUAUGAUUUGUAUAUAAAGUUUGCAAUGAAUCCAUUUUAUGAACCCAAUUCUCCUAUUCGAUCAAGUGCAUUUGACAGGAAAGUCCAGUUUCUUGGGAAGAAACACCUUUUAAGCUAAAUGGAGAAAAGCUCUGAAAUAAACAGUAUCACUGUCGUGGGCUAUACUCAGGAAUGUGUGCGCUGUAAGUAAUUUGAAACAGCCUAGUACUUAAAAUUGUACAUUGUUUUCAUGUUGAUUAUCAGCAUUAAUAUUUGCUUGUCGAGUGUUAUUUAUAAAGAAUUCUUUACCAGUAAUUUAAACAUUUUUAUUUAAAAGCUUGAGAAUGAACUUUUGCCUUUCCUGAUUGAGAUAAUUUGAUCUUAUUAAAUUCAAAAGCAAAUGUCAUAGUUAAUACUUGUUAGAUUUAAAACUAAAAGCUUCUGCAGACAUGAAUGAAAUUGAGUUAUUAAUACUUUUAGAGAUAGACUUUUUAAAUGCAUAAUACACUACAGUACCAAAAAGCUGAAGCAGAAAGCCUCAAGUGUUCCAUGCCUACCUGCCUGUCGGGCUGAGAAUAGUGAUCCUGCUAUGACUCUCUAUCCUAGACCCGUGUACACUGCAUCAGUUACAGGCCACUG